UCUUCUCUUUCCUCCAGCAGCCCGCUUCGCUCGCUCCAUCCGAUCUCCCGUCGCAACCCGAAGAUUCCGACGAGGUUGUCCGCGCUACGGCCAUGGGCGACAGCCAGUACUCCUUCUCCCUCACCACCUUCAGCCCGUCAGGAAAGCUGGUGCAGAUCGAGCAUGCGCUUACAGCUGUCGGAUCCGGCCAGACCUCGCUUGGCAUCAAAGCUGCCAAUGGUGUAGUUAUCGCCACAGAGAAGAAAUUGCCUUCUAUUUUAGUGGACGAAACAUCUGUGCAAAAGAUUCAGUCAUUGACUCCAAAUAUUGGAGUUGUCUAUAGUGGGAUGGGUCCGGAUUUUCGUGUUCUUGUCAGAAAAAGUCGGAAACAGGCACAGCAAUAUUAUCGGUUGUACAAGGAAACCAUCCCUGUUACCCAGCUUGUCCGAGAGACUGCUGCUGUUAUGCAGGAAUUCACACAAUCUGGCGGUGUAAGACCAUUUGGUGUCUCGCUGUUGAUUGCUGGGUAUGAUGACAAUGGCCCGCAGCUGUAUCAGGUUGACCCAUCAGGAUCUUACUUCUCCUGGAAAGCAUCAGCUAUGGGGAAAAAUGUGUCAAAUGCAAAGACGUUUCUUGAGAAAAGAUACACAGAAGAUAUGGAGCUUGAUGAUGCCAUCCAUACUGCAAUUCUGACUCUAAAAGAAGGAUAUGAAGGUCAAAUCUCUGCCAACAACAUUGAAAUUGGAGUUAUUCGAGCUGACCGUGAAUUCAAAGUCCUAACUCCAGCAGAGAUCAAGGAUUUCUUGGAAGAGGUGGAGUAAGCUGCCCGUUGACAAAUUUGCUUGUUGAAGAUUCGAGAUGUAAACGAGACUGGUAGCAAACAAAAUGAAUGAAAUGUGUGAUCUUUGUAUUGAUGGUGUUGACUAUAUAGACAGAGGGUAUGAGGAAGAGGUGUCUCGCAUCCCUUACGAACAGGUGCCUUUUAGCAAUAGACACGAUCAACAGUCUGCUGCUGUUAAUUAGCAACUGUCAGUGGUUUUUCGAAUUCUAGCAUUCCUUAUAUA